AUGGUGCACACAUGGAAGCAAACGAGCAGCCAGACCAGCGCGUGUGCGACUAAUCUGAAUAGGAGACUUCCUAUCAAGGAAGCUGAGUUCUUGGAUCUACUCAAAUAUUCUCCGGUCGAUACAAUCAUGCUUUGGCUCUUGGGUAAUGCUUUCAAGAUUCAUUUUAUGGGCGCGAAUGUCGCUCGACCGGCGAAGUCUGGCGCCUACAUGAACAUGGAUUAG